AUGAUUCUAGAUAUUGAAGCAGAAAAGGGGUUUAUUGAAAAGUUAGAAGAUGUUCCCAGAAAUGAUGGAGAAGACCAGAGCCAGAGUAGAGUGAAAGGUGUCAUCCCAGAGUACCAGGCUGAGUUCCUCGUGCUCUACAUCAACUUCCCACUGGGCAUCUGUACACAUGGUAAUACAUCUAUUUUAGUGAUAGUGCCACCGUCUCCUCGCCACAACCCCACGUUGUGUCCGCAACACGGUCUGUUAUUUGUUGAAUCCACAGAUGUGGAGGAGUCAGAUGACUACACACUGCAUGGUCCAAUUUUCAUUCAAGAACCAAGUCAUGUAAUGUUCCCUUUGGACUCUGAGGAGAAAAAAGUGAAGCUCAGUUGUGAAGUUAAAGGGAAUCCAAAACCUCACAUCAGGUGGAAGUUAAACGGAACAGAUGUUGACAUUGGUAUGGAUUUCCGCUACAGUGUUGUUGAAGGCAGCUUGUUGAUCAAUAACCCCAAUAAAACCCAAGAUGCUGGAAUGUACCAGUGCAUAGCAACAAACUCGUUUGGGACAAUUGUUAGCAGAGAAGCAAAGCUUCAGUUUGCUUAUCUUGAAAACUUUAAGCCAAGAACAAGAAGCACUGUGUCAGUCCGCCAAGGUCAGGGGAUGGUGCUGCUGUGUGGCCCACCAGCCCAUUCUGGAGAGCUCAGCUAUGCCUGGAUUUUCAAUGAAUACCCCUCCUAUCAGGAUAAUCGCCGCUUCGUUUCUCAAGAGACUGGGAAUCUAUAUAUUGCCAAAGUAGAAAAAUCAGAUGUUGGAAAUUAUACUUGUGUGGUUACAAAUACAGUGACAAACCAAAAAGUCCUGGGACCACCCACACCACUGAUAUUGAGAAACGAUGGGGUGAUGGGCGAAUAUGAACCAAAAAUAGAAGUUCAGUUUCCAGAAAUGGUCCCGACUGCAAAGGGAACAACGGUGAAGCUGGAAUGCUUUGCACUAGGAAAUCCAGUACCAACUAUUAUCUGGAGAAGAGCUGAUGGAAAGCCGAUAGCAACCAAAGCCAGAAGACACAAGUCAAAUGGGAUUCUUGAAAUCCCCAAUUUUCAGCAGGAGGAUGCUGGCUUGUAUGAAUGCGUGGCUGAGAAUUCAAGAGGGAAAAACGUAGCAAAAGGACAGUUGACUUUCUAUGCUCAACCGAAUUGGAGUCAAAAAAUAAAUGACAUCCACGUGGCCAUUGAAGAAAACGUCUUCUGGGAAUGUAAAGCCAGUGGAAGGCCCAAGCCUACAUACAGGUGGCUGAAAAAUGGCGAACCACUGUUAACUCGGGAUAGAAUUCAUAUCGAGCAAGGAACACUCAACAUAACAAUAGUGAACCUCUCUGAUGCUGGCAUGUAUCAAUGUGUGGCAGAGAAUAAACAUGGAGUUAUCUUUUCCAGCGCAGAGCUUAGUGUGAUAGCUGUAGGUCCAGAUUUUUCAAGAACCCUCUUGAAAAGGGUAACUCUUGUCAAAGUGGGAGGUGAAGUUGUCAUUGAGUGUAAGCCAAAGGCUUCUCCGAAACCGGUCUACACCUGGAAGAAAGGAAGGGACGUAUUAAAAGAAAAUGAAAGAAUUACCAUUUCUGAAGAUGGAAGCCUCAGAAUCAUCAAUGUGACUAAAUCAGAUGCUGGAAGUUACACCUGCAUAGCCACUAACCAUUUUGGAACUGCGAGCAGUACUGGAAACCUUGUAGUAAAAGAUCCAACAAAGGUAAUGGUGCCUCCUUCCAGUAUGGAUGUCACUGUUGGGGAAAGUAUUGUUCUGCCAUGCCAGGUAACACACGAUCACUCGCUCAACAUUGUGUUCACUUGGUCAUUUAAUGGACGCCUGAUAGACUUUGACAGAGAUGGGGACCACUUUGAAAGAGUUGGAGGGGAUUCAGCUGGUGAUUUGAUGAUCCGAAACAUCCAGCUGAAGCAUGCUGGGAAAUACGUCUGCAUGGUCCAAACAAGUGUCGACAGGCUGUCUGCCGCUGCCGACCUGAUCGUGAGAGGUCCUCCAGGCCCCCCAGAGACUGUGACUAUAGAUGAAAUCACAGAUACCACGGCUCAGCUCUCCUGGAGGCCCGGGCCUGACAACCACAGCCCCGUCACCAUGUACGUCAUUCAAGCCAGGACUCCAUUCUCCGUGGGCUGGCAAGCGGUCAACACAGUCCCAGAACUCAUAGAUGGGAAGACAUUCACAGCCACUGUGGUGGGUCUGAACCCCUGGGUCGAGUAUGAAUUCCGCACAGUUGCAGCCAACGUGAUUGGGAUUGGGGAGCCCAGCCGGCCCUCUGAGAAGCGGAGGACAGAAGAGGCCCUCCCCGAAGUCACCCCAGCUAACGUCAGUGGUGGUGGAGGCAGCAAAUCUGAGCUGGUUAUAACCUGGGAGACGGUCCCUGAGGAGUUACAGAAUGGCAGAGGCUUUGGUUAUGUGGUGGCCUUCCGACCCUACGGCAAAAUGAUCUGGAUGCUGACGGUGCUAGCCUCCGCUGAUGCCUCCAGAUAUGUGUUCAGGAAUGAGAGCGUGCGUCCCUUCUCUCCUUUUGAGGUUAAAGUGGGUGUCUUCAACAAUAAAGGAGAGGGCCCUUUCAGUCCCACCACGGUGGUAUAUUCUGCAGAAGAAGAACCCACCAAACCACCAGCCAGCAUCUUUGCCAGAAGUCUUUCUGCAACAGACAUUGAAGUUUUCUGGGCCUCCCCCAUGGAGAAGAAUAGAGGUCGGAUACAAGGGUAUGAGGUUAAAUAUUGGAGACAUGAUGACAAAGAAGAAAAUGCUCGAAAAAUACGAACAAUAGGAAAUCAGACGUCAACAAAAAUCACCAACUUAAAAGGCAGUGCCCUGUAUCAUUUAGCUGUCAAGGCAUAUAAUUCGGCUGGGACAGGCCCCUCCAGCGCAACAGUCAACGUGACAACCAGAAAGCCACCGCCAAGUCAACCCCCCGGAAACAUCAUAUGGAAUUCAUCGGACUCCAAAAUUAUCCUCAACUGGGAUCAAGUGAAGGCCCUGGAUAAUGAGUCAGAAGUAAAAGGAUACAAAGUCCUGUACAGAUGGAGCCGGCAAAGUAGCACGUCUGUCAUUGAAACAAACAAAACAUCGGUGGAGCUUUCUUUGCCUUUUGAUGAAGAUUAUAUAAUAGAAAUUAAGCCAUUCAGUGAUGGAGGAGAUGGCAGCAGCAGUGAACAGAUUCGAAUUCCAAAGAUAUCAAAUGCCUAUGCAAGAGGAGCCGGGCCGUCCACUUCAAAUGCAUGCACGCUGUCGGCCAUCAGUACCAUCAUGAUCUCCCUCACAGCAAGGUCCAGUUUAUGA